AUGGAUGACUCCUCUAUCAUGGAAGACUCGGUCUUCGAGGAUGACGGAGGCAGCUCUGACUUUGCUCCCGAACCUGCACCGAAACCCAAAGCUAAGGCUGCUCCUAAGAAAGCUGCCGCCAAACCUGCCGCCAAAAAGACUACACAGACCACACUAAAGACCAAGCCUGCUGCAAAGGCAGCUGCUACUAAGAAGAAGGCUAAGGCCGACAGUGAGGACGAAAUGUCUGAUAUUCAAAUGUCCGAUGAUGAUUCUCUGCUCUCCCGCACUCCUCCCAAGGCUAAGAAGACGGUUGCGCCCAAGAGAGCUGGCUCAAAGCCUCUGGCCGAUGUCGAAAAUGAGUCUCAUGGGGAGACGCUGCUGCUGAUAGCGCGAGCAAGAGUGGAAAUGCAUCAGAGAACUCACCCAACUCGAGCACAUUAUCAAACGUCCCGAUACCUACAUUGGAUCCACCGAACGUACCACACAGCAGAUGUGGGUUUACAACUCCGGAACCGAGUCGAUGGAGUUCCGCGAUGUCUCUUUCGUCCCGGUCUCUACAAAAUCUUUGACGAGAUUGUGGUCAACGCCGCCGAUAACAAGCACAACGACUCGAGCAUGAACGAGAUCCGGAUCACGAUUGACCGCGAGGCCGGUGAAAUCAGCGUCUGGAACAACGGGCGUGGUAUUCCCAUCGAGAUCCACUCCAAAGAAAAGAUCUACGUGCCCGAACUUAUCUUCGGCCAUCUGCUGACUUCUUCGAACUACGACGAUAGUCAACAGAAGGUGACUGGAGGUCGCAACGGUUUCGGUGCCAAGCUUUGUAAUGUUUUCUCGACAGAGUUCACUCUCGAAACCCAGGACUCCCGCCAGAAGAAGAAGUACAAGCAAACCUGGACCGAGAACAUGACGAAGAUGGGCAAGGCAAAGAUCACAGAUGCCAAGGGAGAUGACUACACCAAGGUCACUUUCAAGCCAGACUUUGCCAAAUUCGGCAUGGAGGGCAUCGAUGAUGAUUUCGAAUCCCUUGUCAAGCGCAGAGUCUACGAUUUGGCGGGUACAGCCGGUGUUGCUGUCAAGUUGAACAACACACGUGUCCCCAUUCGUAAUUUCCGGAAGUACAUGGAGAUGUACACUAAAGCCAUUCGCAAGGAGCGCGGUGAUGAUGGUCCUCCCUCAAAGGAUGAAAUUAUCACCUGCAGCCCCAAUCCUCGAUGGGAGAUUGGUUUUGCUGUUUCAGACGGUUCGUUCCAGCAAGUCUCAUUUGUAAACUCGAUUGCGACAACCUCGGGUGGAACGCACGUCAACUACAUCGCCGAUCAGAUCUGUACCCGCUUGGCCGACCAAGUGAAGAAGAAGAACAAGUCUGGUGCAACUUUGAAGUCGGCACAGAUUCGGAAUCAUAUCUUCAUUUUUGUAAAGGCCUUGAUUGUCAACCCAGCCUUCACCUCCCAGACCAAGGAGCAGUUGACGACAAAGGCUAGUCAGUUUGGUAGCAAGUGUCCCCUUGAUGAAGAUUUCUACAAGAAGGUGUUGAAGACCGAGGUUAUGUCAAAUAUUCUGCACUUUGCGGAGCAAAAGGCCGAUCAGAUCUUGAAGAAGGGUGAUACUGGCCGACGCACGCGUAUGAACAACCCAAAGUUGGUCGACGCCAACAAAGCUGGUACUAGGGAGGGUCACCACUGCACUCUCAUUUUGACUGAGGGUGAAUCAGCCAAGGGUUUGGCCAUGGCAGGCAGAGCAGUUGUUGGACCAGACUUGUUCGGUGUUUUCCCCUGCGCGGAAAGCUUCUUAAUCAUCAAGAACUUCAUUGGUUUGCAGCACAAGAAGGAGUACACAGAUACCAAGGGACUGCGAUAUGGCCAUCUCAUGAUCAUGACUGAUCAAGAUCACGACGGUAGUCACAUCAAGGGUUUGCUCAUCAAUUUCCUUCAAGCCCAGUUCCCCAGCUUGCUCAAGAUUCCUGAGUUCCUCAUUGAGUUUAUCACUCCCAUCAUCAAGGUUUGGAAGGGUGACCCGAAAAACCCGACCAAGCAGAAGUCGUUCUUCACUAUGCCCGAACAUGAUGAAUGGCGUGAAGCUCACCAACACGAACGUGGCUGGGAACACAAGUACUACAAGGGUUUGGGAACCAGCACCACGGAAGAUGCACAGGUCUAUUUCCGCGACCUCGAUCGCCAUCUCAAGGAGUUCCACACCAUGCAAGAUGGUGAAGCUGGGCUUAUUGAGCUGGCUUUCUCCAAGAAGAAGGCAGAUGAGCGUAAAGAGUGGCUUCGACAAUUCAAGCCUGGCACAUUCCUGGACCAUUCGGUGGCGAAGAUUACGUACACCGACUUCAUCAACAAGGAGCUCAUCCUGUUCAGUAUGGCGGAUAACCAACGUUCGAUCCCUUCCGUUGUGGAUGGUUUGAAGCCAGGACAGCGCAAGGUGCUUCACACCUGUUUCCGCCGCAACCUAAAGAAGGACAUGAAGGUGGUUGAGCUGGCAGGUCAUGUAUCCGGAAUGACAGCCUACCAUCACGGUGACGUCUCCCUGCAGCAGACUAUCGUUGGUCUUGCUCAGACCUUUGUUGGCUCCAACAACAUCAACUGCCUGGAGCCCAGUGGAAACUUCGGUAGUCGACUCCAAGGUGGUGGCGAUUGUGCCAGUGCUCGUUACAUUUACACUCGCCUGUCUCCCUUUGCACGCAAGGUUUUCCACCCGGCCGAUGAACCGCUACUGACGUACAACGAAGACGAUGGCAAGAAGAUUGAGCCCGAGGUCUUUAUUCCAGUCGUCCCGAUGAUUUUGAUCAACGGUGCGGAUGGUAUCGGAACUGGUUGGAGUUCUUCUAUCCCCAACUACAAUCCUGAGGAUGUUGUGAACAAUCUCAAGCGCCUGAUGGCAGGCGAGCCUACUGAGCCAAUGCAGCCGUGGUUCCGUGGCUUCACCGGUGAGGUUGUAGCUGUGGGUGGGGAUCGAUUCAAAUUCAGCGGUAUCAUCAGGGAAUGUGGUGAGAAGGAGGUCGAGAUCACCGAAUUGCCUAUUCGAACCUGGACGCAGGAUUUCAAGGACAAGCUAGAGGAAAUCAUCAAGGCUGAGAAGGUGCCAUCCUUCAUCAAAGAUUACAGGGACUACAACACCCACACCAAGGUCCACUUCAUCAUUCAACUCGAUGAGAAGCACAUGAAGGUUGCUCUGACUGAAGGAUUGGAAGAUAAAUUCAAGCUGACCAAGACGAUUGCAACAACCAAUCUGGUGGCUUUCGAUCCUGAGGGCCGCAUAACCAAGUACGCCACCGUCGAUGACAUUCUCAAGGAGUUCUUUGUCGUCCGUCUCAAAUAUUACGAGCGACGCAAGCAGUUCCAACUUGCCGAUCUACAGAGAGAUCUGGAGAAACUGAGCAACCAAGCUCGCUUUGUGCAGAUGAUUAUCGAUGGCAAAUUGGUCAUCUCCAAGAAGAAAAAGCCUGUUCUGAUCGCCGAGCUAAAGGAAAAGGGCUUCAAGCCAAUUUCUAAGGUGGCCGAGGCCCCCAAAAUGGGUGAAGAUGAGCCUGUGGUAGAAGAAGGAGAAGAGGAGUCGGAUGACAAUGACACUCUAACACUAUCUAGCUCAUUUGACUACCUUCUGAGCAUGCCUAUGUGGUCGCUGACCCAAGAGCGAGUGGAGAAGCUCCGCCGCCAGAUCGGCGACAAGGAAACAGAGGUCGACGUCUUAAUUAAGCUGUCCAAGGAGGAUAUUUGGGCCCGCGAUUUGGACGAGUUCAUUCAGGAGUGGCGCUUCCAGCUUGAAGAUGAGGACCGUCGAGCCCGCAAGGUGGCUGGUCUGGGCCGUCGCGUCUCGGCCAAGCUGGCCACUGGUGGUGGUCGCGCCGCGGCUUCGCGCAAGCGCAAGGCUGCGAACGGCGAUGAUCCAGAUGACGAGGACUUCGGGGCCCCUAAGACGAAGAAGGCCGCCGCGGCCAAGAAAAAGGAGCAGCCCAAAAACAGCCUGAUGAAUUUCCUCAGUAAACCCCCGAGCAAACCAAGCCCAUCCGCUGCGGCAGACGGAUCGGACGAUGAAUUCGACAUGGACAUGGAGGUGCUUCCGAAGAAGAGUCGUGCUGCAUCAAAACCUAAAACUAUGCCGAAAGACGAAGACGACUUUAUCGACAUCGACGACGUUCCCCAGACCUCACGCGCAUCAGCUCAGCCAGCUGAUGACCCGAUGGACGUGGAUGUGGAUGAGGCGCCAAAGCCCAAACCAGCAGCCAAGGCAGCGACCAAGCCGGCCGCUAAACGAGGACCUAAGCCCAAGGCCAAGGUCGAAGAGGACUCGGAUGACGAUUUCUUGGAGAUUGCCAACGAGGCUCCCAAGCCCGCAGUGCAGUCUUCUCGCGCUCGGAAGCCUGUGAAGUACUCAGCACCUAGCGAUUCUGACAGUGACAAUGGUGACGAUCUUCUUGGAGACGUUAGCAUGAUGGUCAAAGGCAUUGGUGGCGACUCUGGCGCCGGUUCUCGACAGCUCUUCUCGGAGCGCCCACGCUCGGAGAGCAGUGCCAGCGUGAAGACUGCCGCAAAGUCCUCCAAGGUCAACGACGAUUUCGAUCCGGAUGAGACUGACUACAGCAAGCUCAUUCCGAAGAACUCCCCACGGCGCUCCAUUCAGGUCAAGCCCAAAGACGUCAAGCUCGAUGACAAGGAUGAAGACGACGAGGAGGGCCAGCCAGUCAAGCCCACUGCUCGGGCCACGGCUGGGCCAAAAGCCAAAGCUGCUCCCAAGGUUGUAGAGGUCGACGACGAUGAUGACGACGAGGAGGACGAGCCGAUCAAGCCAACUGCUCGGGGUAAAGCUGCGCCCAAAGCCAAGGCUGCUCCGAAGGCCGCUGCCGCCACCUCGGCGGCGAAGGGGCGUGGUCGCCCCAAGAAAGAGCCAGCUCCUAAACCCGACCCCAAGUCUGCUCCCCCGACUUUAUCCCCGGCGGCCAAGGGCUAUGCUUCUAAGCAUGGCAAGACAAGCAAGAAGAUUGCGGAUGAUUACUCAGAGGAUGACAUCGACGCAAUGGCCAACGACAUUUUGGAUUCUCCAGCGGGCAAAGUGAAUGCGGAUAUCUCGGACGAUGAGCCCGCUCCUGCCCCCCGGCGCGCUGCUGCAAGCCGUCCUGCUCGUGGCGCCGCACAGCAAAAGAAGUCCUAUGUCAUUGAGGCUGACAGCGAAGAAGAAUCGGCCGAUGAUUUCGAUGAAGACGAAGACGAGAGCGACUAA